AUGCUCUCAUUAUCUUCACCACCGGCGGCAGCCACAAUAUCGACCUUCUUCCAUUCCAGGCUCCGAGUUCCUAAUGCCGCUGCCGCCAGGGUGUCAAACCAGCACAGACGGCGUCUCAGCGUGGUGGCGAAGGCGGAGGAGAGCGGCGGAGUGGGCGCGGUAGAGAAAGCUGCAAUAGCAGGGGGAUUGAUCGCGAACCCAGUGAUCGCUUGGUCGCUCUACACCCUCAAGACCACCGGCUGCGGGCUCCCGCCGGGGCCGGGCGGCUCCAUCGGGGCGAUUGAGGGAAUCAGCUACUUGGCGGUGGUGGGAAUCAUUGGGUGGUCGGUCUAUACCAAGUCCAAAACCGGGUCGGGUCUUCCCCAAGGCCCGUUCGGGUUGCUUGGAGCCGUGGAAGGGCUGUCUUACCUGUCGUUGGUCGCGAUCUUGGUGGUUUUCGGGCUGCAGUUUCUGGGUACAGGCUACAUUCCGGGUCCUGUUCCGGUUCCCGGCGAUCAGUGCUUUGGGUGA